AUGAUUCCAAAAUAUACUGAUAACAAUCAACCAUAUAUUGAUAAUUUCAGUUUAAAUAAUAAUAUAAAUAAUAAUAAUAAUAAUACUAAUAAUAAUAAUAAUAAUAAUAUUAAUAAUAAUAAUAAUAAUUCAAUACUAAAUAAUAAAACCAAUUUUUUUUUAAACAAUUCAAAUAAUUUUAAUUAUAAUACAUCAUAUAAUAGGACUAGAAGAAAUAAUUCGAAUAAUAAUUACCAGGUCUCAACAAUAAAUAGGGUAAAUAAUAAUAAUAAUAAUAUUUUUAAUAGUAAUAAUAAUAACAAUAGCACCAAUAAUAAUCAAAAUAUUAAUUUAAAUGAUAGUACUAAUAGUAUAACAAAUACACCAUUACUAAAUCAUAGUAAUAAUCCAAAUAUUCACAUUCCAUUAGUAAACGUUUCACAUCCAUAUCUAUCAACAUCACCACAACUAACACCUCUUCCAAUAAAUAAUAUUAACUUUAAUCAAAACCCAUUAUCAAAUAUCAAUAUACCAAAUUAUAGUAAUUUUAAUUAUUUAAAUGGAUACGGUAAUUAUUUAAAUUAUAAUAAUAACAAUAACAAUAAUAAUAAUAAUAAUAAUAAUAAUAAUAAUAAUAAUAAUAAUAAUAAUAAUAAUAAUAAUAAUAGCUUAUAUAACAAUAACAAUAGUAAUAAUAACAAUAAUAAUAAUAAUAAUAAUAAUAAUAAUAAUAAUGAAAACUCAUGUGAUGACAAUAAUAAUAAUAGUAAUAAUAAUAAUAACAAUAAUACAAACUAUAAUAAUAAUAAUAACCCGUUAAUUAUGACACCACCAACUCCAAGUAAUAGUAAUAAUUCAAUACCAACUACCCCAUCGAUUGUAUCUGCUUCAACCUCAUUUUCAACAUUAAAUAUAAAUAAUAAUAAUAUAAAUAGUAAUAACAUUAAUAAUACCAAUAUAAGUAUAACAAGCCCAAACACAAACAUAACAUCGAGCACCUAUGACUCAUCACCAACCAUAAACUCAAGUCCGAUUCAAACUUCUCCAAAUAUAACUGUACCAAACUCACCAAAUUUUAUAAAUUCUGUAAAUAAUAACAAUAAUAAUAAUAGUAAUAAUAACAAUAUCAAUAAUAAUAAUAAUAAUAAUAAUAAUAAUAAUAAUAAUAAUAAUAAUAAUAAUAAUAAUAAUAAUAAUAAUAAUAAUAAUAAUAAUAUCAAAAAUAAUAUCAAUAAUAAUAAUAACCAUAAUAAUAACCAUAAUAAUAAUUUUAAUAAUAUGAAUCAUCUUAAUAAUAUAAGUUUAAAUAAUAAUAGCUUUAAUAGCUUUAGUUAUAAUAAUGUAAUUAACCAUGAUUUGAUAAAUUCUCAAUAUGGAGGAAUAAAAAAUCAAGAUAUACCAUUAUUUUGUAAUGUUAAUGAACAAUCACCAACAUCGGGUGGAUAUCCAUUACCAAAAGUUUUUUCAUCAUUUUCAACACCAUUAUUUAGAAACUUUUAUCAUCAAAUUGAAUUUUAUAUUCCAGAUUUGGCCACACAAAAAAAGUAUCAAGGUUGUAGAAUCUAUAUUGCAGAUUCCAUUGGGUAUAGUGGAAAUGCCAAGAAAUUCAUAAACUCACCUCAAUCAUUCGAAGAGGUUGCAUUAAUUUUGGAAGGACAAGUUUUGGAUGUUGACUUUAAUCCAUUACCACAAUGUACUUGUUGUAAAGAUUAUUUCCAGUCAAGAUUUUAUUUUGCAACUAAUCCACAAUGUAAAGAGAAAUUAGUACUUGUAAAAUCAAAUGUUACUUGUCAUGUGCAAAAUGGUAGUUUCCCGUUUCAAAUCAAAAUCAUGUGUUGUUCAAAACAUCACAAUAAUAAUAGUUUAGCCUUACACCUUUGGUUAAGAGAUGCUCAAACAAAACAAAUCGUUUUAUCUUCUGUUUUAUCAUCUUAUAUUAAACAAUGGAAAAGAAGUAAAUCAACAACACUUUGUUAA